AGAAUCUCAAUUACUGUGGACGACAGAUCAUGUGCCAUGUCAUAUAACGGGGUCUGUAUAUGAUAUAUUAUUACCCCGACAGAAUAAUAUAAGCUCAGUCUAACAAACAAUGUUUCAGUGGUAUCCUACAGUUGCUCGCUGUGAGCACUCAUAUGUCCCCUCAAAACUAGUUUUGCUGCCACGUAAACUGUGUGUAGAAACUUCAUGUGGAUCAGUAAAAACACAUCUGAAUUAGUUUAAUAUAAAAACCUCUCCUCUUAACGAAUCCUGUCACUUAGAAUUAUGGCUUGUGUUGUACUACAUCACCUUAUCAUUGCACUUAUUAUAGCCAUGGUGUGCACAUUUUCCAUUAGUUACUUAAUUUCUGCCUCAGACCAUCAUAUCUCUGUUUUAUUUCCAUAUAUAAGUGACACUGGAGCCUUACCACCGGAAAGUUGUGUAUUUGGUCAGCUACUCAACAUAUGUUCAUUUUUAAGUAUCCUAUGUAUUUAUGGGUGGUAUCUACAUGAAUGUGUUGUAAUACAUUCGCGUGGUGGACCUCAUUCUCACAUUAUGUUUGCUCGUGUUACUUGUUUUAUUGGUUGUUUAUCUGCUCUUGGAAUGUCGAUGGUUGCUAAUUUCCAGGAAGCUACUCUUCUAACCGUCCAUUUGAUGGGGGCACUGAUGGUUUUUGGACUGGGAAAUGUAUUCACUGUUUUGGUAACUUAUUCUACAAGAAAGCACUUAGAAUAUAACCAAAAGAUAUUUGCUAUACGCGUUAUUUUAUGCACUAUCAUUUUUUUGGCUCAUAUAGGAACUGCUGUUUUCGGUGCUCUGUGUAGCUCAUUAACUAUUCCUUUGCCUAAGAAAUGGGAUCCAAAUGAAAAAGGGUACGCAUUUCAUGCGUUGAGCAGUACAUGUGAAUGGCUGAUGGCUUUUGCAUUUUUAUUAUUUUUCGCUUCAAUGUCUGUGGAACUGAAAAAUUACGUAUUAGAGCCUGUUAAAAUACGUAACAGACGUACGGAACCGGAGGUCACCGAAGAGACUGCCCUUCUUACUUGAAGGUAUCUACUCUUAUCUUCAGUGUUCAUUCAAUUUCUUCCAACCGCCUACGGAUAAUGAUCUUAGAAAGUGUGAAAAUGUUUUUUGUAUCCUGCUUAUCGCAAAACACCAGUCAUCUUCGCUUUUUUCAUACUUGCAUAUUUUGUGAUUUUAUGUAUGUUCAAUAUCCUAGCAACAUCGUGAUUGUAUCAAAAAUUAAAUAAUUUAGUGGAAUCUAUAAAUUUUAAUAAAAUUUUAAAAAAUAAACAUUUCGAUUGUUACAAAUGCAAUUUGUACUCCACAAAAAGUAUAUCUAGUGUGUGUGUGUGUGUGUGUAUGAAAAAUAGUAUGCUUACACAGAUAUCAAUAAAAAUAGCAAGUUAACAGAAACGUGAAGGUGGUAUCUAAACUGCAUUCAUCAGUAGGUGCAUAGGCUAGAAGGUGUGGAGCCAUGGAACUCUACUCACAGAUGGUGCAAUCUCACAUUCAGUUGUACUCUGCGUCGCAAAAUGCAGUAUAAAAUAAGUGAUUAGAUUUUAAGUCAGUAGACGAUUAGUCACGUUAUGUAUGUGAUAGGUUAGAAUUGGCACACAGAAGAAUUGCUGUCACUUUUAAGUUACUGGGUAGCAAUGAUAUUAUGCCCUACAAUGGUUGGUCCUACACAUGUUUUGUACAGUAUCAGGAAAAGCUCAGAAGUGAGCGCGCCUAACUGUUUAUGUUUUAAAUGUGACACUGCAUCAGCCCAAACCACACCCG